AUGAACAUUGAGAAGGCAUUAUGUGAUCUUGGAGCCAGCAUAAACCUCAUGUCUUUAGCCAUGAUGAAGAGAAUGAGAAUAGAAGAGGCCAAACCAACAAGAAUGGCACUCCAAUUGGCUGACAGAACAUUUAAAUUCCCCCAUGGUGUGGUGGAAGACCUAUUGGUGAAGGUAGGGGAGUUCAUCUUCCCAGCUGAUUUUGUUGUGCUUGACAUGGAGAAAGAGGCCAAUACAUCCAUCAUCCUGGGAAGGCCAUUCCUAGCUACUGCUGGAGCCAUAAUAGAUGUUCAAAAGGGAGAGUUAGUCUUGAGACUACAUGAAGAAAAGAUGGUCUUGAAAUGUCUUCAAGGCAAUAAGCUACCCCAAGGAGUCCAUUAG